AUGGCUUCAUCAAGCAAAUGCGCCUUCCUUGUGUUCUUAUGCAUGAUUGUUCUUCUCGCCCCAAGUGAAGUACACGCAAAAUCUAUGGCCAAAGCUCAAGGAGGGUGGUACCUUGUGGAAGGUCUAUGCUCAAAAUUUCCGGACUGCAAUAAGCACUGCAAAGAACAAGGUUUCUUAGGUGGACAAUGCCUCAAACUUGGUGUUAAUAUGCUGUGUUUUUGUAUUCAUACAUGA